UUGUUAAGUUUAAUACAAACUAUAUUUUAGUGAAAAUUUAAACUGUAGGCUGCUGCCUAUUUUAAUCCCUAUUUUGACUGGUUGCUAAUGGCUUUUUCAUAAGAAAUUUUGUUUUUAAAGGUAUAAAAGAACUAUUUAUAUAAUUUGCUCAAUUGUGUACAUACAGUGUACUGUAAAAUGUUUUCGAAGGCCAUCAAAAGUUCAAGUAUUAGUUAAACUUACAUUCAUAAGCAUGUGAUUCUCGCUCAGCAAAAAUAGAUAUAAUCAUCUUGAAAAAAGGAUAAACAGAAACAUCAUAAGUGAUUUUACUAUUGGUUCUUCCACAAUAUUCAGAUUAAAAAAAAAACUUAAGAAACUUGUUGCCAUAGUUCUAACAGAAAUAGUAUACAAAAUAGAAGCCACAUUGACAAAUCCUAAAAUUCAAAUUCUGGAUAGUGCCUCGUACAGUUGGUUUAGUUCUAAACAAUCAGUGUGCCUAUGAUCAUGGAAUUACCAAAAUGUUUUCACAGUGAUCUAAAACAUAAAAAGUGCUUGUGUUUUUUAAAAUGAUUGGCUUCUGAAAUUAAAAAUUUGACACGGAAUCCGGAGGUUGGAUGUAGCAGACAAGCACAGGUUAGCCAAUGAAAAUGCAGCUGAGGAAUGUAAGAACACUUUUGCAGCUUUGUUGUAGGGUAUCAAUUAACCUGUGGUAAAGUUUUUCAAUGCAGAUGAACCCGGUCAUGUAUGCAUUGUUUGCCUAAGUCUACUCUGGUGGGAGGUAAAGAAAAAUGUGCUAAGAGAUUCAAGAAAAAAAAGAAAAAUUGACUGUUUUGUUGGGUGUAAAUUAUUCUGCUGACAACUAUCAUUAGUUAAUUUUAAAAAAAUCUAGAGAUUUAUGAGGAGUUCUAAACAUGCCUGUGCAUUACCAGGGCCAUUGAGAGAAACAAAGGCCCGGAGGCAAAUAAUUUUGUGGGAUCACCUCCCAAUUACUUAAUACACCAAUUUUCAAACCUAAAAUGUAAAACAAAUUUUAUUACUACACAUGACGAUGGCUUUAAAUGUAAAGGUGAUCAUGUUUCGCAUAACUUGCAAGGUUUGCAAUAUACUUUAUUAGCAGUAGGCUUGUAAUUUUUGUUCUAUAGGGGUAUACACACCAAUUUAAAAAUUUAUUUAAAAUACAACUGGGGCCCCCAUAGAGUUCCAGCCCCUUCCUCCAAUAACCUUGUGCUUAAAAUGUGCAGAGAAAUACAUGAAUGACAGCAUGCUUGUUUUAAGAACUUUUUUAAAUCAUUUUAUACAAGUAAAGUAAAACUUGAAGAAACUUGGAAUGUCAUAAGAGCCCUGUUGGAUAACUGUGCCGGUCAUCGUCCUGCUUCUGAUUUGGUUUUCAGCAAUAUUUUUGCAGAUAUCCUACCACCAUGUUGAGACCUGUGAUAAAGGUGGGCCCUGAACUAGCUGACUCGGUGCUCUGAUUGUGUUGGAUAUCAUUCAAAUUACAAACUGUUGCCACUUGAGGGUGACUGACAUGUUAUGUCAUGUCAUUAACAUGUCACAUUAGUGAUCACAGUCACCAGGACACUUUGUGGCUAUUCGGAUGUGAAUUUUGGUGUUGAUAUUUAGUGGUUUAAAUUGUGAUAAUGGAUUUGGACAACUAAAUUUAAUAGUUAACCAUCAUAUAUUAUGUUAUUAAUUGUAUAGAUAUUUCCAAGGCUUGUCUGAAUUAAAUUAUAUAUUAAAUUAAAUAAGAGUAUAUAUAGUUUAUUACAUAUAUAAAACUUUUUUAAAUUGUAAUUUUUUUCCCUCGCGUUUUGGAAUGUAAAAACAUAAUCCAUAACAAAAUGGUAUGCAUGUGUGAAGCUAUCUGAAAUACCUACUGAAGUGGAGAGAAUAAGUGAAUAUUAGGUCUUGCUGAACAGCUAAGUUUUUUUAAUCUGAGGUGUGUGAACUUGUUUUCAGCUUUCAAAUGUUGAAAAGUAGCCGACAGUUAUGUAAAAGUGUUAUUUGCUAGAUUUUUUUUUAAGUGGAGGUAAGUGAAGGACUAGUAAAAUAUUUUAAAAUAUUACAUUUUUUAGCUGUUAUGAAUGCUUUUUUUUUAUUAUUAUCACAAAGUCUCGGUAAAGUGCGCCAACUAAUGCCAAUUAAUAAAAAGUAAGUUGAUCUUCGGGCUUCUUUUUUCUUUUCCCUCACGUGAGUUGUGAUUGGUUGAAAGAUCAGUCUGCCAGAGUAAUUUGGAGAGUUGGUAUGUAGUUGCGAAGGCGAGAGGUGAGAAGAUUGCUGUUGAAGUUUGGGCAGGGUCUUGUCAGACUGAAACUUUAUUUAGUUACGGUACUUGAAUCUUAAUAAUGUCCCGUUGUGUACUUGUGCCUAAAUAAGGACUUCUCCUUAGUAGAACACAUCAAAAAAUAAAAAUUAUAUGCAAGAUGGCGGAUUCAAGUUACUAUCAGGGGGACUACAUCCGGCACCCGGUGCUGUACGAGCUGAGCCACAAGUACGGCAUGUCGACGGAGAGCGUGCCGGAGGCGGCGCUGCCCUGCAAGCUGGAGGAGCUGAAGGAGCUGAUCAGGCGCGAGAUCCGCAAGGAGCUGAAGAUCAAGGAGGGCGCGGAGAAGCUGCGCGAGGUGGCGCGCGACCGCCGCAGCCUCGCCGACGUCGCCACCAUCGUGAAGAAGGCCAACUUCAAGCUGGCCGAGCUGCAGCAGGAGCUGCACGAGCUGGAGUCGCAGAUCAUCCUGACGCAGGGCAACACGGCGUCGCCCGUCGGCGCGAGGCACGGCCUCGACAACGGCCAGGAUGCGUUGCUGUCACCUACACCUGGCCACACCAAGCACUGUCAGGAGGGGGCGCUGUUUUGUGACCUGAGGCUGCUGUCGCUGGAGAAGCAGCUUAACAUAGAGCUGAAGGUGAAGCAAGGGGCGGAGAACAUGAUCCAGAGCCUGACGAGCGGCCACUCGCGCGACAAGAAGCUGCUGGCGGAGGCACAGCAGAUGCUGCUCGACUCCAGGGCCAAGAUAGAGUUCCUGAAGCUACGCAUCCUCAAGGUGAAGCAGAGCCGGCAGCAGCAGCUGCAGCUGCGGCAGGCCGGCGAGGAUGCCUCCAGCAACGGCGAAGCCCACAACAAAGACAAGUUCGAAACCACGCUGGAGACGCCCCUGGAGGACAGGGUGGAGGAACUGAGGCACCGGCUGAGGAUAGAGGCUGCGGUCGUUGAAGGCGCCAAGAACGUUAUACGGCUGCUGCAGAGCUCCAGAGUCGCUGACAAGAAGGCUUUGCAGGAGGCGCAGCAGUCGCUGGCGGAGUCGAGCCGCAAGCUGGACCUACUGCGCAAGUCCCUGGACUUGCGACGGCAGGAGCUGCCCCCCGACUCCCCCCAGGCGGCCCAGCUGAAGCGCGAGCUGCAGAUCGUCCAGGCGGCCAGUCCCGUGCCCGUCACCUACACCAGCCUGCAGCCCUUCCGCGGCCGCUGCGACGGCUCCGAGUCCUCCGCCCCGCACCCGUCCUCCUUCAGCCGCUGUGCGGCCGUGACCGGCAAGCUGGAGGUCAGGUUGAUGGGCUGCCAGGACCUGCUGGAGGAAGUUCCCGGAAGAUCGCACCGGGACAAGGACGGGACGUCCAGCCCCGGGGACCUCCGCUCCUUCGUGAAGGGAGUCACAGGCCGCAGCUCAAGCAAGUCGUAUAGUGUCAAGGAUGAGACUAGUAAUGAAAUAAUGGCAGUUAUCAAGCUGGACAACCAAACGGUUGCACAGACCAAUUGGAAGCCCUGUUCCCAGCAGGCGUGGGACCAAAGGUUCUCUAUAGAUCUGGACCGGUCCAGAGAGCUGGAGAUAGGUAUCUACUGGCGGGACUGGCGUUCCCUGUGCGCUGUCAAGUUUCUGCGGUUGGAGGAGUUCAUUGAUGACAUUCGCCACGGCAUGGCGCUCCAGCUGGAGCCACAGGGCUUGCUGUUUGCAGAGAUAAAGUUUCUGAACCCGAUGAUAUCAAGGAAGCCUAAACUUCAGCGGCAGCGAAAGAUCUUCAAGCAACAAGUUAAGAACUUCCCGCGAGCGAAGCAGAUGAACAUCAAUGUUGCAACGUGGAGUCGGCUGCUUAAGAGAUCCUCCCCGUCGAUACAGAACAACCACAGUCGCGCGUCUUCUGAGAGUCCUCCUGCAGGAAUGCCACCGCAACACCUCUCGUUCGACUUAUCGCUGGCCGAGGACAAGCCGGAAGCACCGGGCGAGUCGCCCGACCCACAGGUGGCAGGACUGUCCGGUGCACGGCCCCUAGGGCUCGGGGUGGCCGUGCUGCCCCCGUUGCCCCCGGAGGGGCCCCUGCCCUCUGCCAUCAGCGGCAGGAAGAGAGCGUCUCUGCCCACGCCGCCCCCGCCACCCAGACUGGAUGUGGAGUUGCAGAGCGCACUGCGAGAGUUUGACUUCUUGCACGCGGAGGAGCGAGACCCCAGCCCAUCUGCACCGCCGCUCCCUGCCGGCGCGGGGUCGUCGGGCCACGAGCACUCCCCCUCGCCCCAACCAGUCAUUCAGUUUCCAGACGAAGAGAAUGUGUAUGAUCAGCCAGACCAGAUGGGAGGCGUGCGGCGACUGGAACACCGUGACAGUGCGUACGAGUCCCGUCGCCAGUCGCAGUUCACAGGAAUGUCGCUGGAUAACUUCAGACUGCUGAGUGUGCUUGGCAGAGGACACUUUGGAAAGGUAAUCCUUUCGCAGUACCGUAACACAGGGGAGUAUUUUGCGAUAAAAGCACUGAAGAAAGGUGAUAUCAUUGCUCGAGAUGAAGUGGAGUCUCUCCUCUCGGAAAAACGUAUUUUUGAAGUUGCAAAUGCUAUGAGGCAUCCUUUCUUGGUGAAUCUAUUUGCCUGCUUCCAGACAGAGGCUCACGUCUGCUUCGUGAUGGAAUAUGCGGCCGGUGGAGACCUCAUGAUGCACAUUCAUGCGGACGUGUUCAUAGAACCAAGAGCAGUUUUCUAUGCCGCGUGUGUGGUCCUGGGGCUGCAGUAUUUACAUGAAAACAAGAUUAUUUACAGAGAUCUCAAGUUGGAUAAUUUGUUGCUGGACACAGAAGGUUACGUGAAGAUUGCAGACUUUGGCUUGUGCAAGGAAGGAAUGGGUUUUGGCGACCGAACUGGCACUUUCUGUGGCACACCAGAGUUCCUCGCCCCGGAGGUGCUGACGGAAACAUCGUACACCAGAGCCGUGGACUGGUGGGGGCUGGGGGUUCUGAUAUUUGAAAUGUUGGUUGGAGAGUCUCCUUUUCCUGGUGAUGACGAAGAGGAAGUGUUUGACUCCAUAGUGAAUGAUGAAGUUCGUUACCCUCGGUUCCUGUCACUGGAAGCUAUUGCGAUCAUGAGACGGCUGUUGAGGAAGAAUCCAGAACGUCGUCUUGGCUCCAGUGAGCGUGAUGCAGAAGACGUGAAGAAACAAGCAUUUUUCAGGAAUAUAGCUUGGGAUGAUUUACUGUUGCGACGUGUGAAACCCCCAUUCAUACCAACUGUGACUUCCGUGGAGGACGUGAGCAACUUCGAUGAGGAGUUCACCUCAGAGAGACCGCAGCUAACACCUCCAAGGGACCCCCGGGCACUGAACGAAGAGGAACAAGGCCUGUUCAAAGACUUCACCUACAUGGCAGACUGGUGCUGACAUGCGUGGGGCCCGUGCUGCUAGCGGGUGCUGUGACGCAGGCAGCAUGGCGGCAAGACUUGAUUGUGGUGGCAAACGUGUUGCAUGGUCGGCAGAUUAGGAAUACUUUUAUAAAUAUUUAUUGAUCUCCGCCAUUUUAAAUUGGUUCAAUGUUUUCAAAGUAUAACCAAGAACUGGUACUUAUAUCUAUAAUUAUAUGAUAUUGGAAGGAAGGCUAGGAUACGACCGAAGGAAAUUUUAUUGAUAGUUCAUGUAACUUAUUUGUACAUUCACUUUAAGAAAAGUGGGAUGUUAAUCUAAAAAUAUUAAUUGUGCAAACUUUGGAAUUUGUUGAGGUGAAAAAUUUAUUAUUAAAUCAUUUUAAAUUUUCAGAAAA